CCUGCAUUUCUUAUUAUUGCAAACUAAGCAAACUUUCUCUUUUCUUCUUCAUUUCAUUUUUUUUUUUUUUUUCACAUUUGAUCAUCAUUAUGCUCUCAACUCCUUUCUUCUUCAACUUCCAUCCUCACCAAUAUGGCACUCACAUUGAGGAUUUUUCAUCUCAAUUGCUCUUCGAGGCGACGGGCGACUCCGAGGCCGACUCCUUGGUCGGCCACGGAAGCUCGACCGUCUCGGUGGAGUUCAACGACGCUGAAUCUUGCACGGAUGAAACUCCUGCUAUGCGUAACAAGGUCCAGACGUAUGAAGACGAUGACGAUGACGAUGACGAGAAUGAGGAGGAGGUGGAAAGCAAGCCAAUUGGAUUCAUGACAGAGUCAAGUGCUUCUAUUGAUUCAGCUGAGGAGUUCAAAAUGUUGAAUGAGGUGGAGAAAAACAGGUUGUUUUGGGAGACUUGUUUGGCUUCAUAACAGAACAAAUUUGGUUUUUUUUUUUUUUGUGUUCUUUAAUGUUUGUUGUUGUUUGAUGUUGAAAAUGUACAUGAAAUUAAGAAAU